UCUAACCCUAAUAAACAAAGUUUCAGAUCUGCAGCCGCAUAUGUCUACGUCUCUAUUGGGUUGUUGAGAGAAGACUCUAAUUUUGUAGCUCUCCGUCGAAACUCGAACCAUGUCUCCCGACGAAACCAUGUCUCCCGACGAAACCAUGUAUCCCGACGAAACCAUGUCUAAUGUGGAUGGUGCUUAUUGGGCCGAGAUAUACGCCAAGGGUAACACAGGUGUGUUCUGGGACGUGGUGGAUUUCCCAAUCCCUAAUGGUGAUCCUUAUUUGAUCUCUAAGAAAAUCAGAUCAGCUCUUAAGGAUAAGGGUUGUUAUAAUGGUCCUGUCUCAAUCUGGUUGUACCAAGAUGAGAAAAACCUCCUCCCCAAAGAAAUGAUAGAUAAAUAUGAGGCUGCCGGAAUCAGUAUCAAUUUCGUACCCGAAGUUGCUGAGGCGUAUAUUCAUGCGAGAGUUCAUAAGAUGUUUGUGGACAUUCUUUUCUGGGCACUGGACAAUCCUGCACACUCCAAUUUGAUUGUACUCUCAAAAAACCUCAAAGACAACGAGACGUUUGUUCGGGUCACGUCACGACCGCAGCCAUUACCGCCUCUUGCUGUGAGACCUGUUGGUUUCAAGAAGCCAAGUCAAAGAAACAGAACGUCACAAAAGAUGCCUAGUAUGAAACCAACGUUGAUGUAUCAAGAAACCGAAACGUGGGAUGAUGAAUCUUUUGAAACAGAGCGUGAACGAACACCGUCUGGGACAGGUUCUGAGUCGGAAGACGAAGAAGUUUCAAUUGACCAAGAAUACUCUGGGGAAACAGGGUCAAGCUCUGGCUCAGACUGGGAAACUCAAGCAGAGAAUGACACCGAGUCUGAGUCAGAAUCAUUAUAUCCACCACAGAGUGAUGACUCUGCUUCUGAAUCUGAAGUCAGCUCUUCUCCUCCGCAUACAAACAGAGACGCAUCAAGAGAACCUGCAAAACAGAGAAGAAAUGCAAUGGGACGAUUUAAAAGGAUAAAGAAUAAGAUAGGACAAGUAUUUCACCAUCAUCACCACCACCACCACCAUCAUCACCACCACGACAAGAAUAAGCCAUCAGCUUGGAAGAAUUUGCAGAGUAAAUUUCACCAAAAGCACAAAGAGAAAUCAGAUGAGAAGAAACGGACGACGUCAGAAUCCAGAGGUCUUACUACACAUAAGCAACAACAUCAAGGUGGCCACUUUCACGCGCUAGUGGAAGGAUUGGUGAGACAUAGAAAACACUCAAAGAAACAAAAUCAGAAGCUGCAUAGUGAUGCCAAGCAAACGCAGUGGUGGAAAAUCUUGAAGAAGCGUCAAGGUGGUGGUGUGAAGAUUCCCAAAAGAGGACGUGUGAAGUUGGGAAAAAAACAUUAUUUGUCCAAAAAUGUUUAAGAACAUGAAGAAAACUAGUCUCGAUUAUUACAGAGCAAAACAAUUGUCAAAUAUUCAAGUUGAAAGUUUCAUGCCUCCUAAAUCGUUUGUUCUGGUUUUAAGAAACCUUGUUAAGAGACAAAUCACUUAGCUCUCCCACAAGAGAGGCACUAUCAUAAUAGCACAUCUCA